GGCUUCAAACCCACGGCGGACUAACAGCGCCUCAUUACGCGCAGCGAGGUGUCGAGCAACACAUGACAACACAAACCUUCCUCCCCUGAAACAAACCCAACUCUCUUUAUCCCGAAGAGCGAGGAGGCGAGCGCCCGCUGGACGCUCCAAAGUUCUCUACUUCCAUUAAGGAGGUCCUCCAGUGAGAAAAACACUGAGAGAGAGAGCUUCACGUGUGGAGGAGGAUUUUUUGGUGAAAGAAGGUGGAGAGCAGCGGCAGAAAGAAGACACCGGCGGCGGCUGCGUCGAAGGAACACAAAGCGCACCGGAGGACCGGAGGAGAAGUAGUUUUGGUUUUUUUGGGUGCGCGGCGGCCGCAGUCUUCUCCGUGGAUGUGCGGUGAUCCCGGUGUGAAGGAGGGAAACUCAUCCCCGGGUCGUUACUCGUUACUGCUGGUAUCUGCCAGUUAAAAAAAGAAACCAUCCUGUCCGAUAGAGGAGCGUUUUGGAGAGGGCGAGCGCACGUUCUUCAGUAGCGGGCGCCCUUCGCGGCGGCUGUAAGCUGUUCUCCAGACCGCCCUGCAGCUUCAGGGGAGAUUGUCAGAUGUGUGCCCGGCGCUCAGAGCCCCAGGCCUGGCCGCGGGGAUGGCAGCAUCUGCCGUGAACCUGAAUGGCCUCGGAGUCAUGAACAGCAGUAAUCAGUUUCACACCCAGCCCGGCUCCUCCAGUUCCUCCUCUCGGACCAGGACCAGCCCAGUCGCCCGGCCUGUGCUGCCGGUUCCAGAUCGGAGCACCUACUGCCAGUUACUGGGUGGGGGAGCGCUUGGUGGCGGCCCCUACAGCCCGACGAGCCCCAAGACGAGCCCCCGAUCUCUGGGUCAAACCUUUGUCUUCCCAACAUCAUCAUCUCUGCUCUCGCCAAGCCCCACCUCCCCUCGUUCCCGCCCCCCGUCCCCGCGGAGCCCAGAGCUGCUGGGAGUCAAUGUGGGCCGGCGCGUCCGACGCCUGAGCUCGCCCGGCGGUGAAGAGAGAGGGGAAGGAGACGGGCAGGAGGAGCGGGGAGGAGAGUCGGGAGGAGGAGAGAGGCGAGAGGAGCGGCGACGCCAGGCACAGCUGCUGCAGAUUCACAGGGAGCUGCAGAACGUGGAGGUCAGGGGUAAAGUGGGCAUUUUCGAGGCUCACAUUUCCGGGAUCCGUGCCCAGGUGCUUAACAGUGAGCUCCAGCGCAGCCCUCGAUCUCCCAGACGAACAACUACUCAAGCCCACCCCGGCCAAGAAAUCACGGCUGUUGAAUACCCAAUGACUCACCCACAACAGACUAAAGUUUCCUCUGUUGUUCAAAAUGGGAGAGGAAGGGAGGAAGAAACAACAGAGGGAGGAAGGAGCGAGGCUGAGAAGGACGGCGGCGUUACAAAAACAGAGCGCAAGACUCUGAUGGAUCAAACCGACUGUCAUUCAGAAACAACAAGGCAAGCUCCCUGUUUAGACAGUCUGGCGGUCCAGGGCGCCCCUGGGACGUUACGAAAAGACGGAGCAACAGAUGGGAAAACACUGAGAGAAACGAUGGGAGAAAAAGACGGAGGAGAGGUAGAAAACAAACAACUGGUGGGAGAUGAAAGAGAACAGACUGAGAGAGUAAAUCCGCUGAGCCUUAAAACGCCGCUUCACGCACAAGGAAACACGUUGGAGGGUCAACAUGAACCUCCACCCCAGGCGCAGAGCGGCGAGCGCUCCACGUGUUCGCCGGACGCCGACGGCAACCCGUCCGACCACGCUGCCUGCGUUCCCCCCUCCAUCCCCGCGGUCAUAAUAACCGACCACGGCCUGGAGAGCCAGCCUCAGAGCGCCGUGCCGUGCUCCACCCCGAGCCCCAACUGCAGCCCCCGGCCCAACUCCAGCCGCUCGCUCAGGAAGCUGUCGUCCUCCUCCGCCUCCUCGGCCGGCUUUUCCUCGUCCUGGGAGGAGUCGGAGGAGGACAUCUCCAGUGACACGGAGAAAGGAGAGCAGCUCCUCAACCCUGCUCUUCUCACUUCUCAGCAGAAAGCACACAAGUCUUGGAAGAAGAUUAAAAACAUGGUUCACUGGUCGCCGUUCGUCAUGUCCUUCAAGAAGAAAUACCCCUGGAUUCAACUGGCUGGACAUGCAGGGAGUUUCAAGGCAGGUGCAAAUGGACGCAUAUUAAAAAAACACUGUGAAUGUGAGCAGCGCUGUUUGUCCCUGUUGAUGAGGGAUGUGCUUCGCCCCUACGUCCCUGGUUACCAUGGAGACGUGGAGAAGGAUGGCCAGAAGUACAACCAGAUGGAGGAUCUGCUGGCUGAGUUUGAUUUCCCGUGUGUGAUGGACUGUAAGAUGGGAGUGAGGACCUACCUCGAGGAAGAGCUGACCAAGGCUCGGAAGAAGCCCUCUCCUCGGCCCGACAUGUAUCAGAAAAUGAUCGAGGUGGACCCGAACGCGCCCACGCACGAGGAGAACGACCAGAAGGCCGUGACCAAACCCCGGUACAUGCAGUGGAGGGAGACCAUCAGCUCCACGGCCACCCUGGGAUUCAGAAUAGAGGGAGUCAAGAAGGAAGACGGCACGGUGAACCGAGAUUUCAAGAAGACGAAGACGAGAGAACAAGUCAUGGUGGCGUUCCAAGACUUCGUCAGAGGAAACAAGGACGUACUGAGGUGUUAUCUAACCAGGCUUGAAGAAAUUAGAGACACUCUGGAAAUCUCUCCAUUCUUCAAAACCCAUGAGGUGAUUGGCAGUUCCUUGUUAUUCGUCCACGACAGUAAGGGACGGGCCAAAGUCUGGAUGAUCGACUUCGGGAAAACAACUCCUCUUCCCGACGGGCAGGAACUCACUCACCGGGCGUCAUGGGUGGAGGGGAACAGAGAGGACGGCUACCUCUCUGGACUCGAUAGUUUGGUGGACAUUAUUUCAACCAUGGUGAACUCGGAGACUUGAAGUCUGGGGCCUUUUUUUUUUUUUUUUUUCAAGAUGACUUCCAUUUAGAUUUCAUUCCUCUGAGGAAAACUUUGGACUUCCUCACAGACUCCCUCGCACACGCUCGUCCGCUUGUUGGAAUUCGACAUUCUGAAAAACCAAGGCAUGGCUGGAUCCAUUCACAUCCUGCUGAGUCGAGAUUGAGUCAUUACCUAUUCACGGGUCUCUCCUUUUGUUGUCUUUAUCCCCAUAAACGUCAGCUCACAAUAGGCCUGUUUUACAGGAACAGCACAAGUGGAAUUUAUAACAUUAACAGCAGCUCAUUUCCUCCUCCAGGAUAAAAUAAAAUCACACCAGAAUAAAAGAACAAAAAAAAAAAAAAUCAAAGCAGGGAUUCUCAAUUUGAAAGGAAGAGUUGUCAUAUUUCUGAAAUGAUCAAAGUUAAGUU